AUGGAAUCCGUUAAAAUAUUGUCCGAAGUUAAAAAUUUUAAUUUUUUAAAUGAUCCAGGGACAUCGAUAAAUUCCGAAUCUUCCGUUUUUGAUAGUGGUAAACCGAUGACUGCAUUAUUACCAUCAUCACUUCCGGUUAAUGCGAUAACUCCCUUACAACCAGCUACAAUAACGGCCAAUUUUGUUUCUUACGUUGACAAAGAUAUUAAAAAUAACGAAAUUGAAAAAAUAAUAAAAGGUUUGCCGCCGUCUACGAAAGACUCAUUAUCCAAAGUUGACAACAGCGACGAAUCAAAUAUCAAAGUGAACGAUUCCAAAUUAGAACCAAUGAUAAUAUAUAGUUGUAAUCUUGUUGACGAAUCGAGUUCUUCGUCAGAAAAAGAAGAACUUGGACUCAUAACUCCAGAUCCCACGAUGCCAAGUGCCGCAAUACCCGUGCCAGCUGUAUCUCAUGCUCAUGUUUCACCAUGUUCCGAUGAUAUAGAUUUAGGAAGAAGAUCCCUGAUGCACGAAUUAGAACCAAUCAUCGAGCAUAAAGAUGAAGGAACUUUAAGUAUUGAAUCAUCGACUCAAAUAAAAAAUUUGACUUCGCCCUCGUCACCUGAAAAAUCAUCCGACGUUGAAAAAAAUGAUAAUAAAAUAUAA